AUGAGUGUUGGUCUGCGAGAACAGUACCAUCAGUUCAUGGAGGAAUACAUCCGAUUAGGGCAUAUGACGAAGAUAGAGGAAACGGCUGAUCUCGAAAAACGAUGCUAUCUGCCACAUCAUCCGGUAAUUAAGGAGGCCAGCACCACAACUAAGGUCCGUGUGGUAUUCGACGCGUCAUGCAAGACGUCGUCCGGCGUUUCGCUCAAUGACGCUCUGCUGGUGGGACCGAUUGUACAGGAGGACUUACGAUCUAUCAUGCUCCGGAGCCGCGUCAAGAUAAUCAUGCUGGUAGCCGAUGUAGAGAAGAUGUUCCGGCAAAACUUUGUUCUACAGGUGGAUAGGCCACUCCAAUGCAUUCUAUGGCGUUUCGAUCCGUCGGAGCCCGUCUGCGUGUUCGAGCUCAUCACCGUCACAUAUGGGACAAAAUCAGCGCCAUUUCUCGCAACCCGUACAUUGAAUCAGCUGGCAGUGGACGAGGAAACCAAUUACCCGUUGGCUGCAAGGGCAACCACCGAGGAUACCUAUAUGGAUGACGUCAUCACGGGAGCAGAUACCAUAGAAAAGGCACGGGAGCUUCGGAAACAGCUCGAUGAAAUGAUGUCAAGGGGAGGAUUUCGGCUACGGAAAUGGGCAUCCAACCGUCCGGAGGUUUUGGAGGGAGUCCCAGAGGAAAAUCUGGCGAUCCCAAGCUCAGAUGGGAUAAACCUGGAUCCAGACCCAAUAGUCAAAACGCUAGGUUUGACCUGGAUACCGAACACCGACCAACUGAAGUUCCAGUUCGAUAUUCCACCUUGGUCAUCAGAACAAUAUCCAUCCAAACGACAAGUCCUUUCAGUGAUUGCCACACUCUUUGAUCCUUUAGGACUUCUCGGCGCUGCUAUCACCACAGCCAAGGUCAUAAUGCAGCUUCUGUGGAAGAUAAGGAACGAGCAAGAUCAGACAUUGGAUUGGGACCAGCCAUUGCCUUCAACGGUGGGUGAGAUGUGGAGAAAAUACUACGACCAACUUCCUCUACUGAACGAGGUUCGAAUCGAUCGUUGUGUGGUCAUUCCAGAUGCAGAAUUGAUCGAGAUUCAUUGCUUUUCUGAUGCUUCGAACAAGGCAUUUGGUGCCUGUGUUUACGUACGGAGUCAAGAUACAGAAGGCAGGAUUAAGGUUCAGCUGUUAUCCUCAAAAUCCAAAGUGGCACCAUUGAAGACGCAGUCCAUACCAAGGUUGGAGCUGUGUGGUGCGCUUCUGUCGGCGCAGUUGUAUGAAAAGGUUCGUGACGCAAUCAGGAUUCCCGCUCAGACGUUCUUCUGGGUCGAUUCAACCUGUGUUCUGCGAUGGAUUCAAGCAUCUCCAAACGUCUGGAGUACUUACGUCGGUAAUAGAGUAGCAAAAAUCCAGACUAUCACCGAACCAUCACAAUGGCAACACGUUCCUGGCAAGGAGAAUCCGGCGGAUUUGAUCUCCAGAGGAAUUUCACCGAAGGACAUCGUCGAAAAUAUCUUCUGGUGGGAGGGACCAGGUUUGUUGAAAGGGAAUCCGGAGGAAUGGCCUCAUCCACCGAGUGAACUUUCUAUGGAGGAAGUAGAGCAGGAAAGACGACGAACAACGAUUGCUUGUGCAGUUACGGGGUAUGCGGAGUUUAACGAAUGGUUUUUGGGGAAGUAUGAAUCCUAUACGAACCUCAUUCGCCGAACUGCAUACCGGCUGCGGCUAAUGCGGCUACUGCAGAAAGAACCGAAAAACAGAGUUUCAACGGGCCUUUUGUCAACUAACGAGCUUAAGGAGGCAGAGUUCGUUCUACUUCGUCGCGUUCAGAAAGAAGUUUUCGCCGAUGAAUGGAAGGCACUUUCCAAGGGAGAAGCUAUACCCAGGAAGUCUCCACUUAGAUGGUUCAAUCCGUAUAUUGCCGAGGAUCAAGUCAUCAGAGUUGGUGGACGGCUUGGGCACUCUGCUGAACGACAUGAUACGAAGCAUCCGAUAGUUCUUCCUGCGCGGCAUAAACUUACCCGGAUGAUCCUCCAGCAUUAUCAUCUGCAACUUCUUCACGCUGGUGCUCAAUUGCUACUUGGUGCUGUUCGCUUACGGUUCUGGCCACUAGGUGGAAGAAACGUCGCUAGGAACAUCGUCCACCAAUGUAUGAAGUGUUUUCGUGCCAAACCUUCACCAGUUCAACAGUUCAUGGGGGAGCCGCCAGCACCACGAGUCACCGUGUCAAGGCCAUUCUCGCAGACCGGUGUGGAUUAUUUUGGACCAUUGUACGUAAGACUUGCACCCCGACGACCGGUAGUCAAGGUUUACGUAGCAAUUUUCGUGUGUCUCUGCACGAAGGCAGUUCAGUUAGAGCUGGUGACUGACCUGAGCACUGAUCGGUUCCUGCAAGCUUUACGUCGUUUCAUCGGCAGACGAGGAAAAUGUCAGGAUAUUUAUUCCGACAAUGGGACCAACUUCGUUGGAGCGAAAAGCAAGAUGCAGGAGUUCUUAAAGCUGAUUAGGAGUUCGGACCAUUGCGAGAAGAUUGUGAAGGAAUGUGCUGAGGAAGGAAUCCAAUGGCAUUUCAAUCCACCCAGUGCUCCACAUUUUGGAGGACUGUGGGAGGCGGCUGUUCGAUCUGCCAAAAAUCACCUUCUCAAGGUUGUUGGAGAAACUACGGCAUCGGCAGAGGAUCUCAAUACGCUGCUUGUCCAAGUUGAAGCAUGCCUCAACUCGAGACCACUCACAGCAAUGUCCGAUGAUCCCAAUGACUUGGAACCUCUUACACCAGCUCAUUUUCUGAUUGGUUCCUCAUUACAAGCCCUGCCUGAACCGAACGUGGAGGAUGUACCUAUGAAUCGUCUGAAACACUGGCAGUUGAUGCAGCGGCUGCUGCAAGACUUCUGGAAACGAUGGCGAAGGGAGUAUUUGAGCCAGUUACAAGGAAGAAUCAAGCGCUGGAAGCCACCGGUUAAGGUCGAGGUAGGAAGACUGGUAGUAGUACGCGAUGAAAAUCUACCUCCAAUGAAAUGGAAGAUGGGGCGGAUUCAACAGCUUCAUCCAGGUGACGAUGGAGUAUUACGUGUAGUCACACUCAAAACGGCGACUGGAAUGUUGAAACGUCCGGUGGAAAAGUUGUGUUUCUUGCCGGUUUCUGAUACAACCACGAAUCAGCAGUCGUCAGUUUAG